AUGGACCCGAAUGGACCACCAAGUACACCGGGGCUGCCUUCGCCUGGCGACUUAAUCCUGCAGCAGAGGAAAGAUGCUAUCCAGGCGACCGCACAGCCCACCGGAGAUGGCGGGCUCUUCGCCCAGCUAUCUAGCAAUCCUCUCUUCACAGCGGGCUUCGGUCUCGCCGGUUUGGGUGCUGGAUUAAGUUUCGCUCAGAAGGGCAUUCGACAUGGCGCUGCACUCCUGCGAAGGCGUAUGCUCGUGGAUGUGGAAAUUAGCGUAAAGGACGAUUCAUAUCCCUGGUUUCUUCAUUGGAUGACGCUAUAUCAACGUUCGCAGCUCAAUUCGGCUCAGGCGGCAGCCAGCAGGUCUGGCUUCAUGGAAUCUUUACUCCAGAGAAUGACUCCCGGGAUGCGCCACCUCUCGAUCCAAACGCAGAAAGUCGAGCACUCAAACGGUGCGAUACAUACACAUUUUUCGUUAGUGCCUGGUCCAGGGAGACAUGUCUUGCGCUACAAGAAUGCGUUUAUCUUUGUAAAUCGGAUGCGCGAGUCGAAGUCACUGGACCUUCAGACUGGUCGCCCGUGGGAGACGAUUACCCUGACCACUCUAUAUUCGCAUCGUCAUGUUUUUGAAGAUCUCUUCAGAGAGGCUCACGCAUAUGCAGCUAAAUCACAUGAAGGCAAAACAUCAAUCUACAACAGCUGGGGUACUGAAUGGAAACUGUUUGGACAACCGCGACGGAAGCGCCCUUUGGAAUCAGUCGUUCUUGAUGAGGGUGUCAAGGAACGGAUUGUGGAUGAUGUCAAAGACUUUCUAUCUAGCGGGAAAUGGUAUCAUGAUCGUGGAAUUCCGUACCGACGGGGCUAUCUGCUCUACGGGCCGCCGGGCACAGGAAAAAGCUCCUUUAUCCAAGCUUUGGCAGGUGAACUAGACUACGAUAUUGCCAUUCUCAACCUUAGUGAACGGGGAUUGACGGAUGAUCGGUUGAAUCAUCUUCUCACCAUUGUCCCUAACCGCACACUUGUUCUGCUGGAAGAUGUAGAUGCUGCCUUCUCCAAUCGGCGAGUUCAGUCUGAUGCCGAUGGGUACCGCGGUGCUAACGUUACGUUCUCCGGUUUGCUGAAUGCCAUGGAUGGAGUUGCAAGUGCUGAAGAACGUGUGAUAUUCCUGACGACGAACCAUGUAGAGCGGCUAGACCCAGCUCUGGUUCGGCCUGGCCGGGUGGACAUGACAAUCCGUUUGGGCGAGGUCACUCGCUACCAGGUUGCAUGUCUCUGGGAUCGAUUUUAUAGUGAGUUGGAUACAGAUGGAAUGCAUCGAAAAAUAUUCCUCGACCGACUACACGAGCUUGGAUUAAUAGAAGACGGAAACGGCCGGAAGCCUGAUCAGCCGAAGGCUACGAGUGCGGCCGCUGCAGGGCUUAUUUUUGUAUAA